UUGUAUAGUAGCGUGGGCUCGGGAUCGCGGGGCGAAGGUCCCGGCGCGGUAGCAGCGGGCGCGGGGCUGCGGCCGCGCCCCUCACCGACCACGUCGAUCUCCUCGUCGGAGUCGUCGGCCAGCUCAGUCGUCGGAGCCACCUUCCACUUCUUGGCCAUGAGGCAGCGAGGCAUGGCGGCGCCCGCAUCGGCCUCAGCGCGGCCGCAUCAGCGAGAAACAGACGAACAGAGAAAAAGAGAGAAAAGAGAAAGAGCGGCGCCCCGGGCGAGCGGCGUUGCGGGCGAUCGCGCGCGUCCUCUUGCGUUGUGGCGCUCUGUCCGUCGACACUCGGUAUAUAUUGGAGGCGGGGUGGUGCGCGCGCUGCCACUUCGAUCGAUGGGCGGCGGGUGCUCCACGCCGCACAAACUUUGCCUGCCAACUUGGAGCGAUACUUACGAAGCUGGUGCGGGCUGGAGCGACGAACCGCGACCUAACUUGCUACUUGCAAUCAACCAGUGGAAAUACUGCCGACCUUACGAGUCACGCACGCUACGGCUCUCUGUUUAUAAUUGA